ACCCACAGAAAGACACGUUUGCUUUACGUAAAAUUCGAUUUUUUAAAUUUUUCUUUAUUUUCCUCUCUUCAUUUCUCUCUUCAUUUUCGUUUCUUUAUAUAAUAAUUUCAUGGCUUUUUUGAGAGUCGACAUUUAUGAAAUAUUUAGUGAAUUUUGCCUUAUUCUUUCUAUUUUUUCUUUAUUCAACCCUCUUAAAAAGUUUUUUCACCCCUUUUAUUCCGAGGUUAAUUUAAUACACUCGUUUGUUCAGGUUCUGGAUACCCGGGGAUUUCCCAGGAACCGUCAACCUUAA